GGCUUUGCUUGUCAAAACGAGGACAGCAACAGAGAUAAAACCCCCAAAGCUAACUGAAACAUGGAAGAUAUUUUGAAAGUUAUUCAUCUUCAAAAAAGAGUCUUUAAUUUUUUUUAGUGAUUUCAUUGAACUUUUUGGGGCAUUUUUCCCCUCCCAUGCCUCCAAUCCCACAAUCCUCAGCAGCUUUUCAAAAUCAAAUCAAAUCUCGUUGUGUCAUGUCAUCAGUUGAUGGGUGUGAGAAAGAGAAAAGAGGACGUUGUCAGCAGCGAGGACACAAGAAACACUCUCAACAGUCAACUGUGCAAUACAAAGUCGCCAUUCUGCUAUGCCGCGGUCUUUCCUCGUCAAGAGUAAACGGACUCAUCUACUCGUCCCAUCUAAGGACAUCUUCAGGCAACACUCCCAGUCCCAAACAGAUGCUGAGCAGCCUGUGCAGCAUGUGAUGGGACAGGAGAGAAGGCAUCUUGAAGAUGCUAUGCAGCCUUUUCCCCCCUCAUUAGGGGUCAAAGACCUCCUGGCUGAAGCCAGCUCACCAUGGGGUGGGAUUGCAACCCGGUUUAACAGUGCCCUCACAGAUGAUCCUUGGACUUCAGGUACCCAAGACUACACAAAAGUUUCCGUGGAGAACAGAGAUGCUUCUCUGUCUGCCUCACCUUGGUUGUCAGACGGAUACCGUAUGUCUGAAAGAGAGAGGGAACUGGAGAGACUGGUCUUCAUGUUACUCAACCACACAUCACACACUGACCUCAAAUCCCCUGUCAGCCACUGUCCACUCUGUGAAAAGUCUCUCUCAGAAGUCCUACUGUCAGGUGGUCUGCAGGCUCAUGUCCGCAACACCCUGUCUGUCCCACUGGCAAGAUCACCCAUAGGCACAGACAUGCCCCACAUGCCCUUCGGCUUCAGAGCAAUUGGCAGCUAUGGUAGAGCUAAGGAGCGUAGCUUUGACUGCAAGGUGUGUGGAAAGGUGUUCAAGCGGUCAUCCACCCUGUCCACGCACCUCCUCAUCCACUCAGACACACGACCCUACCCCUGUCAGUACUGCGGCAAAAGGUUCCACCAGAAGUCAGAUAUGAAGAAACACACUUUCAUACACACAGGUGAGAAACCACACGUGUGCAAGGUAUGCGGUAAAGGAUUCAGCCAAAGUUCCAACCUCAUCACCCACAGCCGAAAGCACAGCAGCUACCAGCCCUUCAGCUGCCCCCGCUGUCAGCACACCUUCCAGCGCAGGGUUGACCUACAGCACCACCAAGAGACGCAAUGUGGCUAUGGAAACAUGUAGGCCAUGAAGCAAGGAGGUGAAAUGGAAUUUGUAAAUAAUUCUCAGUCAUUCAUAAUUGUAAAAGUCUAAAAAAAAUAUACAUACAAUAAUAACAUGUAUGCUUAAAAUGUUCAAUAAAACUGGACUGGUUUACUUCAAAAUAA